UAAAAGAAAUCCCAUGGUUUACAGAUGUAAUAUCAAGUACCGCCGUUCUGCUUCUGUAUUAGUAUUUGGUGUCGCGGACAGGAUUGAGUGAGUUUUAGCUUGUGCAGCUUGUUUUGGUCACAGGCUCUUUUAGGCUUUACUAGGACCUCGCCUGUUUCCAAAUAAUAUACAUUCGAAACAGCGACCAAUACGUAAUCCCAAAAUGCCUGGCCGUCAAGCUCAUGGGCGGCCCCUUAUUGGCGGCGGCGGCAAAGGCAAGAACAAACGGUCGAGAACGAAGUCAAAUGGAAAGGCCAUGAACGCCUAUGCUGCUGCUGCAGCUGAGGUAGGCGAUCAGCAAAAGCGCACCCCACGCUAUCGCCAGCUCGAUGCGGAUCUGGACGACGACAUACCACGCGGGAAGCAUGCCCGGGAUGACGACGACGACGACGACGAUGAGGAUGAGGACGAUGCACCACCUCGAAAAAUGCGCCGUAGCUCUCGGCGAGACGAAGAUGACAAUGUCGAGUAUGGGAGUGAUAGCUCUGGCAAUUCAUGGCGUGUAAACGCAGUGCACGAGGAAGAUGACGAGGAGAUUGACAGCGACGAGGCUUUCGGCGAGAGUGACGAGGAACGGUUUCAGAACUUCAAAUUCCCUGUAGGAAAGAAAAAGAAGAAACAGACAGAAGAGGAUGACGAGGACGACGAAGAUAGUGAAGACGAAGACAUCGGCGAUGCCGAUGGUGCCUCACUUGGAUCCGACGCCAUAGAUCUUGCUGAUGCUCUAGACAUGUCUAUGUCAGAGGACGAUGAUGGCGCUCAAGAGGAAGAUGAAGACGAAGACAACUCCGAAGUUGAAGAUGAUAGCUCGGGAGACGAAUCCUCCGACGUUGAAUCAGAUGACCAAGAAGGAGCAGAUAUUAAUGAAUGGGUGUCGAAGUUUGCAGGAGCCGACGAUGCGGAGGACGACGAGACCCAAGCGGCGCCUUUGAAACCGAAACUUGGCCUUAAGGAAUUAGGUCUCUUGAGCGUAAAGGACUCGGAACUUAAAAAGUCUCUCAAACUUAUGACUAAAGAUGAACGAGCCAAGAAUAAACAAAAGCUCGAGGUUCCGCUCGCGCGACGGGCACAAGCUAAACUCGACCGUGCAGUUGCGUACGAAAAGACAAACGAAACCCUUGGCCGCUGGCUUGACACUGUAAAAGCUAUGCGUAGGACGGAUGAAAGUCUUGUUUUCCCUCUACCUCAACAUGAGACAGGCUUGGCUCGCCAUAACAACACUGAACUUGCACCACUGGAUCAUAAGACUGCCGACACAGAGCUCGAAAAUACUAUCAUGGCCAUUAUGCAAGAAAGUGGUCUAAGCUUGGACCCUGAACCGAAGAAAAAGGCGGUUGUGGUUGAUGAGGAGGGCCAAACUGUCUCUAGGAAAGCCAUGCUACAGCAAAAACGUCGCGAGAGAGAGCUUCAGUCUAGAGAAGAAGCUAGGGCGAAGCGCAUUAAGAAGAUUAAGUCUAAGGCCUACCAUCGCGUACAUAGAAAGCAGAGGGAAAGGGACGAAAUGAAAGAGCGAGAGAUUAUGGCCGCGUCUGGUGAGAUCGACAGUGAGGACGAACGGGAGGCGUUGGACCGCCAGCGUGCGGUGGAGAGAAUGGGAGCGCGACACCGAGAGAGCAAGUGGGCUAAACAGGCAAAUAAAAACGGUCGAGCCGCUUGGGACGAGGACGUACGCUUGGGAGUCACCGAAAUGGCGAGGCGAGAUGAAGAGCUCCGUCGUCGUAUUGAAGGGAAAUCCGCGGAUAAGGGUUCAGACGACGAAUCCGAUGACUCAGAUGACUCCGGUGGUUCCGACGUUGACGAAAGGGUAAAGCUAUUGCGACAACUCAAGCAAGUUGAAGCCAUGGAAGAUGCUGAGCCUAAAUCAAAACUAAUGAAAAUGGACUUUAUGAGAAAGGCCGAGGCCAGACGGAAACAGGAAAACGAUGAGCUGAUAGCUGAUAUGAGACGGGGACUUGAUUCAGACGCAGAUGACCUGAGCGAAUCGGACCACGGACCCGAGGAUAUUGGCAGACGGAUAUUUGGCCAGCCAGCUGACUCGAAGCUAGCGUUAAAGGCCAGUAAACCAAGCAAAAAGACCAAAGCAGAAAAGACAGACGAUGCUCAAGAGGAUACAAAUAACGCCCAGGAGCCCGCGGUUGGCCGAUCCAAGGUCCUUUCGGCACCAGCUCCGCAGAUUCCUGAUGCAAAUGGAACGGCUGGUGCAUGGAGUCAGCCGACGGCGUCUGGAUCUUCAAGGAAACAAAAGGGCAAAAAGACAGGGCCCAGCACAGAUGUAUUGGACAUCGAUAUCAACUCCGUAGCUGUCUCUGCUCAGCCUCCAGUGUCAGCACCCGCGAAAGCUAAGGCGAAGAAGGGUGAUAAGGUGCAGGCCGAACACUCUUCAGACGACGAAGAUCAGGACCAGGCUGUACAGUUCCGUGAACAAGAGCUCAUCGAAAGAGCCUUUGGAGGCUUGGAUGUCUUUGAAGCGGAAUUCCAGGCCGAAAAGGAUGCCGCUGUUGCAGAGGACGAUGAAAAGACCGUCGAAACGACAUUGCCUGGCUGGGGUGCCUGGGUGGGCGAAGGUGUGACGAAACGCGAAAAGAACCAGCAGCGGAGGUUCUUCACCAAGAAAGACGGCGUAAAGCCCGAUGCCCGCAAGGAUUUCAAGAAGGACAAGGUCAUCAUCAACGAGAAACGCGUCAAGAAGAACGACAAGUACCUCGCCUCACAACUCCCUCAUCAAUAUGAGAGCAGAGCGCAGUAUGAGCGCAGUCUGCGACUGCCCAUGGGCCCCGAGUUCAUGACCAAGCAGGCGUUCCAGGAUGCCACGAAGCCGCGCGUCAUCAUCAAGCAAGGCAUUAUUGCGCCUAUAUCCAAGCCUACGCAUUAGUUGGUAUGGGCUAUUAGGAGGAGGCAGUGUAUAUCCUCUCGCUCUGGAAUAACAUUGUAUAUAGCCAGCUGGAUGUCCGUUUACUAGAUUACCAGGGGCGAGCGUGGCGGAAAUAGAAAGUAGCAUUGAUGCAUGCAAUGAUUUAAUCCACAUAAGUCUAGAGUAU